AUGCCCGUCUAUCCACCAGUCGAGCCCAGCAACAGCGACUUCCCCGAGCAACCCGCGCUCGAAACCCUGCAGGAUGACCCUCUCAAAGGCGGCCUAGCACCAUGGCGUACUACCCCAAUCAACGACCCCGCUAACCUCACCAACCGAGGCGAUCUUCCAACUCACGCCUCACCGAUCGUCUUUGGCGGUGGAGUAUUCGGCCAAGACAUGUACAAUGACUCCAAGACCCUUGCUUCCGAUCUGCCACUUCGCACCGUCCGGCUAGCUCUUCGAUAUGGAAUUAACGCCUUCGACACCUCGCCAUACUACUUCCCAUCCGAGUUCACUCUCGGUAAUAUCCUGCGCUGCCUACGACCGGAAUUCCCAAGGGAAAGCUACUUCAUCACUACAAAGUGCGGAAGGUAUGGGCCGGAGAAGCAGCACUUCAACUACACUGCGAAGAAGAUUGAUGAGAGUGUCAGAGGCAGCUGCAGGAGGCUAGGGACGGAGUAUUUGGAUGUUACGCUGACGCACGAUGCAGAAUUUGUAUGCGAGAGGGUGGGUAAAAGUCAUGAUGAGGGAUGGGAGAGCGGGGUCGUUUCUGGCCUUGUUCAGCCCAGUACGGUGGGGAUGAGCCAGAGCAGAGAUGAAGUUUUAGAGUCGCUAGGCUUGGCACCCAAAUUAGAAGCUGCGAGCAAGAUUCACGGCAAAGGCGACGAGCAGUUCUUGGAGGCCGUCAGAACGCUGUUCAAGCUGAAAGACGAAAGAGUCAUCAAGCGAGUGGGUAUCUCAGGCUACCCUUUGCCGGUACUGCUGCGCUUGUCGAGGUUAGUUGCUACAAACGCACCCUAUCGACCGCUGGAUGUGGUAUUGAGCUACUCGAACCACUGCUUGCACUCUGACGUCCUUCAGGGCGAGUGGAAGGAGCUCUUCGCUGCUGACCCUCGAGGCGAAUCUGGAACGAACUCGCUGAAAGAUCUCAUUUGGAAAGCACCACUGCUCAUGAAUGGGUCUCCUUUCUCAAUGGGCCUUCUCACCGACGGCAGCCCGCCACCCUGGCACCCUGCAAGCGACGCUCUCAAAGCAGGAACAAAGGAAGCUAGCAAGAAACUUGUCGAGCAAGGAGACUCGCUUACAAUGACCGCUCUCACCUAUGGGCUGAGGGGAUCUGAAGUUCCGCACAAGGACGGACAAGGACCUGAGCUGAGGACGCUGGUCGGAUUGAGUCACCCUGAUCACGUCCAUAGUGCGGUGGAAGCUUAUCGGAUGCUUUCUGCUGGAGCGGCGGCAGCUGGCAAAGCACUGUGUGAGCUGAAAGAGGACAAGGAAGCGAAACUAAAAGCGUACAAGAAACAGGAGAAGCAUGAGAAGAUGGUACGGAAUCUGUUUGCUGAUUGUGGAGUCAGGGAGUGGAGCUGGUCAAGUGGUCUUUAA